UGUAACCUCUCCUCCAGACCCAAGAAUCCAGCCCGAAUCACCAUCUCCUAACAGACUUCUUCCGUCAGAUCCAAGUCCACAAUGGCCGACCAGACUAUCGUCUACACCAAGGAUGCCCCCUUCCCCCUGGGCCCUUAUUCUCAAGCUAUCAAGACCCCCGCGGCCAUCUACUGCUCAGGCCAGAUUCCUCUCACCGCCGAGGGCACCCUGAUUGAGGGCACCAUUGCCGACAAGACCAAGAAGUGCUGCGAAAACCUCGAUGCUGUCCUCAAGGAGGCCGGCUCUUCUCUCUCCAAGGUUGUCAAGACCACCAUCUUCAUCUCCGACAUGGCUCACUUUGCCGAAAUGAACGGAGAGUACGAGAAGUUCUUCUCUCACAAGCCGGCACGAAGCUGCGUUGCCGUCAAGACGCUCCCCAAGAACGUCGACGUUGAGAUUGAGGCCAUUGCCCUGCCAUAGAGGGCUGUAGAGGGAAUGUUGUAAAAGUUUUAUAUAAAUAUUUUUACACGCUAUUACAACCCAAUGAGUUAAAUACACCUGCGCCGGUUCUUUAU